UUCAUUUCUUUAGUUCAAUCUUAAAUUGUCUGGGUAACAAUGCGCGCUCACUGGAUUCUUUUUAUUUGUAUUGCUCUUUGCGUACAUGAUCGGUUUGUUUCCUCUCAGCCGUUUGAGUUUGGACGAUUUGGCGACUGUGGUUCAACAGCGUUGGCCGUAGAAUGUCCUGAUCAUGCAACUUGUGUAAAUGAUAAAUGUGUAUGUAACAGUGGUUUUGCUCCCGUUGAUGAAGAGCUAACAGUUGAUGACGAAAUAGUCACAGUAUGCAGAGAGGCCAUCUGCGACCCAAGAGACGGCGAGGGUGCAACAUCGGAUUGCAGCGGUAGAGGGGAAUGUGUCAUCGGAGAGGAAGGUUACAGAUAUGGAUAUGGCUUCUUUUACUGCCUUUGUGACCCCGGAUAUUACGGAGAAAGAUGUGAAUCCACAACCCCAUUGAUAGGAACUAGGAACCCUAUUUUCCCUUUCUUCAGAUCCACUACAACGAUGACCACCACUACACGGCGAUACAGAGGAGGUCUCCCAAUACUUCUUGGAGGUGGUGCCAUCGGUCUUGUUGCUCUUGCUGCUUUGGGAGCUGCACUGGCUUCUACUUCUGGUUAGGUGCCAUUCAGAACACAGAAAAAAAAACACGCCAACAGAACGUCUUUGUUAUCCUGAGAAUAUAAUAAAAUGAUUGUCACUAUGUAAUGCCUUUAUUGGAAGAGUGAAU